UCUUCGAUUCUAUCAUCUCCUUAAGGAUAUAAUUUAAACAAAAUGAACAUCGCAAUCUACUGCAGCUUAGUGUGCGUGUUUUACCUCUGGACCAGUGCUGACGGAGCGCCAUCCAACUGCAGGGCGGGAAGCGCCUGUAAUGCUUGUCCUGAAGGUCAAUUCUGGACCGUGAAGGUCAAUGACGCACUUGGUCGGUCACGUGACCUGAAGGUGUGUUCACCCACGUGCAGCAAGUACUGCCUAGCCGGGAACCGGGCUAGCGACGGGAGGCCUUGGUGUCAAUGUUACAAUCCUAUAGAUAUCAAGGGCGACUGCUGGAAGGGCGCCCAAUGUGACACAUGCCUGGCCGGGGCCAACGCUUCCUAUGCCGGAAAUAUCAACAGUAUCCCCGUGUGCUGUGCCAAUUGUGAGGCUUCAGGACUCAUGCUAGGAAGCACUCUAUGUAACUGCCUCCACAACGGGCCUUAGAGAUCAGGAAAUCCAUCAAACUUUGCAAAUAAACUGGGAAGCCACCUUUUAAAUGAUUAUAUGCACCUUUUAUGUAUAUAGCUCUGAAAAUAAACAAAAUUGUAUUUAUGAUAAAAAAAGAAAUUUGUGGUCAUUCAAUACGAUGCAGAACCAUCCACACUUUGACUAUAACAAACAUGAACCUUGUUUGCGAUAUAAUAUACAAGUAUUGUUAGAAUGUCGCUGGUUUUGAGUGACCCUUCAUUGAUACCAUUUUCUAUUAUACAGGUAUUUAUUGAUGAAAAUUGUAUAUGCAAUAACAUUUUGUUAAAAUGUU